CGCGGUGCGGAGCUGGCGAGCCCGGGGCGGCGGGGGUGCGGGAGCUCGCCGGACACCCGGUCGCCCGCGGCCGAGUCGCGGAGGCGCUCGCUGCAGUGGUCGCAUCUCCGAGCAACAUGGCUGACAGCAAGGCCAAGGCCGCCAAGGCCGCCAACAAGACACCCCCCAAGUCCCCAGGGGACUCCGCAAAGGACAGAGCGGCCAAGAGGCUGUCACUGGAGACAGAAGGUGCCGGCGAAGGGGCGGCCGCUGCGGCCCCAGAGCUCAGCGCCCUGGAGGAGGCUUUCCGGCGCUUUGCCGUGCACGGGGACACCAGGGCCACCGGGCGGGAGAUGCAUGGCAAGAACUGGUCGAAGCUGUGCAAGGAUUGCCAGGUCAUCGAUGGGAAGAAUGUGACCGUCACUGACGUGGACAUCGUCUUCAGCAAAAUCAAGUAAGUGCCCCCCAGGCCUCGCACUCAGGACUCCCGGUGGGCGUUGUGUUCAGCUGGCAGUGAGGGGGUGGGAUGUGCCAGUGCCCCUGACCCGUCCCUUCUCCGGAUAAGAUGCCCAGGAUUUGGCCGGGGCUGGCGGGGGUCCCUGGAGCUGGCGGCAGAGCUGAGAAGCCUGCCCCUCGGGCGUGACAGGUGCCUCGCACCCUCGAGCCUGGGGCGGUGUUCACACCCGAACUCUGAUGCAGCGUCGCCGCGGACUCGGUGGCUGUGAGCAGUGAGCCCGUGUGCUUCCUGCACGCGUGCGCGUGUCCUUCCUCCUGGAUGCUGGAGAGAGCGUCAGGCGUGGUUACGUGCCUUCCCCGUCCCUCUGGGCGCUUCUGCGGCCCGAGGACACCCUCCCCCGCCUCCCGCCCUCCAAACCUGAGGACCCACCCGAGAAAUGUCACAGCGCGCCCAAGGCUGCCUGGCGUCUAGCGAUCUCGGUGUCGGUCACACUUGUGGGAAAAUAGCUUCUUUCUGACACGUG